AUGGACAAAGAGAGAAGAGUUAAUGAUGGAGGAGAUUUUUGUCAGGUACAUUGGUCCACAGAAGUGCCCACAUCGUCUGCAUCAUCAUCACCGUCGAGAUCACUUCCGGUUUCAUCUGAAUCGUCCACCGUUGUAGGCGUAGGUGUAAAUGGUGGUCCGAAUUACAUAGUACACCUCGUCUCUAAGUUUGAUACCCUCGCCGGUGUCGCCAUCAAAUACGGCGUCGAGGUGGCAGAUAUAAAGAGGAUGAAUGGGUUGGUAACGGACCUCCAAAUGUUUGCUCUGAGGACGAUUCACAUACCAUUACCAGGGAGGCAUCCCCCUUCUCCUAGCUUGUCCAACGGUCUUGACACUCCUCAACGAUCAAGCAGCUCUGAGCAGACUCCAUCUGCCCGCAGGCACUCUGACUUGUUUGAUUCACUUCAGUCACUGAAACUGAAAUCUUCUUCGGGACAGAAAGUUUCUCCAGCCAUGAGCAAUCUUCAAGGUUUUUAUGGCCUUAAACCAGCAGGUCUGAAAGCUGCACCAGAAGGUUUUGAAAUGGCUGUGUAUCGAAAUGGAGCUGAUUAUCUAGAGGAUGGGCCUCUUGGAAAAUCGUCACACAUGUCUAACCCACCGCUUAGUCAUCAUAGAAAAUCAAAAAGUGUAGCUAGUGACUUGAUGUCAAAUAAUGGUCAUUGGAUCAAUCAGGUAUUUUCUCAAGAGACUGAAGAUAGUAACUUGGGUAAAUGGAUUGAGAAAUUGACCCGAAGGCUUCCAAAAUCUGAGGCCAACUUGACUUCGCACGCCCCAGAAAAGCUGCUAAAGGAGGAUAACAGCAAUAGUGGUGGAUUUUCAGCUAUUACGGGCAAAAGCUUGGCUCUCAGAGCUAAAUCUGCUAGCCGAACUGCCUCGGGAAUUGAUGCUCAAGCAGGUGGGCCUAACCCAUUUCCUAUAAGUUUGGGGGAUUCUUUUCUUGACAGUUUCGCUGCAGUAAGGAAGUCAUCUAGUACAUCAAGUUUGCAGGAUUCAGACAACUGCACAUCUUCAUCCGUAAGACCCAUGCCGAAGUGGAGUUUGAAGCCAGAUUUUCAGGCCCUUUCUACUGCAGCCCUUUUUGACGGCCUUCCUAAUCCAAUGGGUCGAAGAAACAAGGCAGCACUUGAUUAA